AUGUCUGAUAAACCAAAAAGUGAGAGCAAGCUUCCUGAUAUAAUCAAAAUCGAUGAAAUAACUUCAGGGAAAAUAGACCCACAGUUGAUAUAUGAUGAAAUAGAACGAUUGAAAGCGGAAAUAAACACAUUAAGAAAUGAUAUGUCACUUUUCCUUAAAGCCUUGGCCACUAUACCUACAAAUCAAUCACAGAUGGAAUAUUACAAAUUAGUAGUAUCUAGGUUGAAGACAGUACAGAAUAGUAUUGUUGAUUAUUGCGACAAAUAUAACAAGCUAUUGCCGAUCAUUAAUCUUGCUCAAAUAAAGUUGGGACACGAUGUUGAGGGUCCACCUCCAAGUAAAAUAAAAUCCGAAGCUCCAACCAAUAAUAAUACACCAAAUAUGGGAAACAAGACAACACCUGUUAUGGGGAAUAGCACCACCCCAAGUACUUUAACUGGUAAUACCAACACAGCAGCAUACCUGACUUCAAGCAAUACUGCGUCGAAACCUACAAAGAAAACAACAAAGAAGGCGUCUGUGAGCAAUAAAGGUAUGGGUAGUAGUGCUAAUCAACCAAUUGUUAUUUGA